UCCGCGCUUCCCCAGGAGUAGAUCUUGGGAGCGAUGGCUGGACUGAGCGUCCUGCUGUGCCUCGGGGCGCUGCUGGCCCGCCAGGGCUCCGCAGACUUAGAGACUGUGGCUAUUGGUGAAGUCCAUGAGAACAUUACUCUGCGCUGUGGCAGCAUAUCAGGAUCCAGGGGCCUGGUGACCUGGUACCGGAAUGACUCAGAGCCUGCCUUCCUGGUCUCCUCCAAUUCCAGCCUCCCUCCGGCUGCACCCCGUUUCUCUCUCGAGGAUGCAGGUGCCCUGCGCAUUGAGGCUCUGAGACUGGAGGAUGAUGGGAACUACACCUGCCAGGAGGUUCUGAACGAGACCCACUGGUUCCCUGUGAGGCUUCAGGUGGCCAGUGGCCUCGCCCACAUUGAGGUUAACAUCUCAGCCACCGGCACCCUCCCCAACGGCACCCUGUACGCAGCCAGGGGCUCCCAGGUGGACUUCCGCUGUUGCAGCGCCGCGCAGCCUCCGCCCGAGGUGGAGUGGUGGAUCCAGACCCACAGCACCCCGGAGUCCCUCGGAAAGAACCUGUCGGCCAACAGCUUCACGCUGAUGCUGAUGUCCCAGAAGCUCCAAGGCAACUAUACCUGUUCAGCCACCAACAUGCUCAGCGGGAGACAGCGAAAGGUGACCACCGAGCUCCUGGUCUACUGGCCCCCUUCGUCAGCUGCUCCUCAGUGCUCGGUGGCGGUAUCUUCAGAAUCAACUACUCUGGAACUCACCUGUAACUGGGAUGGGGGAUACCCUGACCCGACCUUCCUGUGGACUGAGGAACCUGGAGGAAUGAUCAUGGGGAAUUCAAAGCUGCAAACGCUGAACCUGUCGCAGCUGUCGGAGGGCAAGAAGUUCAAAUGCGUUGGGAGCCACAUACUGGGACCAGAGCCUGGAGCCAGCUGCGUGGUACAGAUCUCGAGCCCCUUACUGACCUCCCAGCCCAUGAAAACUUGCUUCGUGGGGGGCAGUGUGACAUUCACCUGCCAAGUGACAGGAGCCAACCCACCUGCAAGGAUCCGGUGGCUGAGGAACCUCACGCAGCCAGAGGCAGCCAUCCAGCCGAGCAGCCGCCACGUCAUCACCCAGCAGGGCCAGAGCUCCUCUCUCACCAUCCACAACUGUUCCCAGGACCUGGAUGGAGGCUUUUACUUCUGCCGGGCUGACAACCUCAUUGGGGUGAGGGCGGUGGACAUCUGGCUGAGUGUGAAAGAACCUAUGAACAUCGGGGGCAUCGUGGGCACGGUGGUGAGCCUCCUUCUGCUGGGACUGGCCAUCGUUUCAGGCCUCAUGCUGUAUUACAGCCCUGCUUUCUGCUGGAAAGCAGGAAGCACAUUCAGGGGACAGGACAUGGGUGACGUCAUGGUUUUGGUGGAUUCGGAAGAGGAGGAGGAAGAAGAGGAGGAGGAGGAGGAGGAGAACAAGGAAGAUGGGGCUGAAGAGAUGGAGCAGGAGACAGAUGAGGCAGAGGAGUUGCCGAAAGAGAUAAGCAAGCAUGGACGCGUUCACAGGGUGACUGCUCUGGUCAACGGGAAUUUAGACCGCAUGGGGAACGGACUCCAGGAGUUUCAGGAUGACAGUGAUGGACAGCAAAGCGACAUGGUUCAAGAGGAAGACAAGCCAGUUUGAGGAAGAGGAUGAUCCACUGUCAGCGCUGUCUGGCAAGCUCAGUCGGUUUUGGCCGCCCUCUCACCGUGCUGCCCCGGGAAGCUUGUGUUAGGGACCGCUGGGGUCUCCGCAGCACGGACACUGCUUCUCUCCUUCCAACGUCUCCCACUGAUCUCAUUUGGUGUGAGUCACCUCAGCGGUGUGAAGUGCACUGGGAAGGAGCAGCCAGUGUGGGACAAAACUGCAGUGGUGUCUGAGGGGCCACUUGGCUGUGACACUUGGCUCUACCCAGGUGAUUUACUGUGACAGACACUGAUUGAGGGUGGGGGGGGGCACUCGGUACACGUGCACUGUGCCACUAGUCAAGGUUUAUAGCCAGUUUCCCCAACAUGUAUAUGGAGGUGAGUCUUUUUAAUCACUGUUGAGGUGAGGAACCAGGCAGCAGGGAUGUGUAGUUGGAUUGGGCCUGGGAGUCAGACUGAGGCUUGAAUUCUUACUUCUUGUUUUGCAGCUGUUUUUCCAUCUAGAAUAUUACCCGUGAGGUAGUACCAACUUUCCAAGCUCCCAAGAGAUGGAGGAGGUAGUUCAGGGUGUAAGAGUGCCAUGGGAGGGGUUCCACUGAGCUAUUGCAGGAGCCUUCUUUGUAGACUCUCAGCUUCCCCCACCCCAACUGUGCUUUUUCCCCUAGAGAGGGAUGCACCUUUCCUUCUAGCCUUCACAGUGUACAGACAUCUGCUUACGGUUAAAAAAGCCUCCUAAGGGAUGGACCUAAGACUCCUUUUCCUCAUGUCUCCUGUGCUGAGCAAGAGGAACAGUUCCUCACAGAGCAUCACCUGAUAUGAACUGAAUGGACAGUCCACUUGGCCUCAGUGUCUGUCUUGGGAAUGGGAGCGUGUGUUAACAGCCUACUUACUUAGGACAGUAAGUUUCAAAAGAAAAUAGUGGGUGAUGACUUUAGCUUGGGACAGCUAGGUUCUGGGGAUUUUUAUUUUAUUUUUAAAAAGUUUUCAUCUAAACAUUCUGGAGUCAGGGAUCUUCUAAGGGUGCAAUAGGUCUGUGCUAACCGUGAAAAUCUGACUUGAAGUUUGCACUCCGUACUUGUGCACAUCCUGCUCAAACAGGACAAAGAUCUAAGGCUUUAAGGACUUCCUAACACUGGGGCCCCAAGAUUCCUGAGGAGCUGGUUAAAGGAAGUACCUGCAAGGUGUAGGAGGGGCCAUCCUCUUUGAUGCAGGGACUGAAGUGAAGAAACCAUUCCUGGCAUGGCCCAUCCUGAGCUCAGGGCACUGAGCAGUCCACCUAGCUGUGAAUUGGAGCCCUUGGGAAUAGCUGUGAAGUGCAGAUCUCUUACUUCUCUGUUGCCUCAGGCACUGGAUUACUCCAGUCUCUGUCAUUUUACUCAGGUUGCCUUCAGUCCUGCGAGCUGGCCUUUCCUUUUAGGCCUGAGUUCCCGACUUUGUCUGCGACUCAGAGGCAACUUUAAAAGAGAAGUUUGGCCGGAAAGUUGCUAGCCGGGGACCAUAGUGAAUGUUUCAUGAGAUCACUCGGUGCUUCCCACAGCUUCCUCUUGUGUGCACACCUGGCAAUAGGAAAUAUUUGAGGGUUUUCCCACUAGCAAAUGGGAACUUUCGAGGGCUUGGUGCCAAAUGCUGUUCUCAAGCCCUGACCAGUUAUCAUUGUCAAUUUUAUCAGCCUGUGUGCACAUUUAUAAAAUGGCAGUUAAGAGCCCAGGCACUGUUUUAAGGCUUUGUGAAAAACUGGAGCCCGUAUCUCCUCUUUCCCUUAAUGCAAUCCAUACCCAGAUCUCAAGGUGUAUGUGUUAAAGGCCCAAGUGCAAUUUUCGCAUUAGUCUUUAAAAAAAAUAAUUCUUAUCUGCACGUCUUAGUUAACUGAUGAGAUCCACUUGUUAGAACUUGGAAGAAAACCACUUCACGGUUGUUUUAAUCACACUGAUUUCCCUCAAACCCCAGCAGUCAUGGGAGACAGGCUCUGCAUUCCUGUGGCUUUGGCAUUCACUCCAUUUCUCACAGUUGUAGAAGGAAGCGUACAGGAAGCAUCACUUUCACUGGGUACAGCUUUGUAUAGUAAGUGCCAAUCAAAUUUCUCACCACAGGACUGGGCUACCAGCUGCUGCAAAGAAAAACUUGCAGAUGGUUCAACGUGGUUGACCUUACCAUUUCAUAGGGGAAAUUUGGGAGAAAUUAGUUCUAAGGUUAUAAAUUUUUGAGACUUUGGAAUAAAGCCACUUUCUAAAACAUA